CAUCUGGCUAGGGGCGGUUGCAGGGAAAGGAAAUAGCUCCAAGACCUGCAUCCUGCUUGCGGUAGCGGCGGCAGAGGCGGAGGCUGAGAAGAGGGCGGAGAAGGCAGCUGUAGAGAAGAAAGUGUCAGAGCCAGUUCGGCUUUAGAGUGUGGUAAGGGGUGCUUUUCAUGGUGCAUGGAAGGAAAGCCAAUGCGCAGGUGUACCAGCAUUCGACCAGGAGAGACUGGAAUGGAUGUAACAAGUCGCUGCACCCUUGGAGACCCCAACAAACUGCCGGAAGGGGUUCCCCAACCUGCCCGCAUGCCCUAUAUCUCAGACAAGCAUCCUCGGCAAACCUUGGAAGUGAUUAACCUACUGAGGAAGCACCGGGAGCUAUGCGACGUGGUGUUAGUUGUGGGCGCUAAGAAGAUCUACGCACAUCGAGUCAUCUUGUCGGCCUGCAGUCCCUACUUCCGAGCCAUGUUUACAGGAGAACUGGCAGAGAGUCGCCAGACAGAAGUGGUGAUCCGAGACAUAGACGAGAGGGCUAUGGAACUGCUGAUUGACUUUGCCUAUACCUCUCAGAUAACGGUGGAAGAAGGCAAUGUGCAGACCCUCUUGCCAGCUGCUUGUCUCCUGCAGCUAGCAGAAAUACAGGAAGCUUGCUGUGAAUUCUUAAAGAGACAGUUGGAUCCGUCUAACUGUCUGGGCAUUCGGGCUUUUGCAGACACACACUCUUGCCGUGAGUUGCUCAGGAUAGCAGACAAGUUCACUCAACAUAACUUUCAGGAGGUAAUGGAGAGUGAAGAGUUCAUGUUACUUCCAGCCAAUCAACUCAUUGAUAUAAUAUCUAGUGAUGAGCUAAAUGUUCGCAGUGAAGAACAAGUAUUCAAUGCUGUGAUGGCCUGGGUCAAAUAUAGUAUUCAAGAAAGACGUCCUCAGUUACCCCAGGUGCUGCAGCAUGUUCGUUUGCCUUUGCUUAGUCCUAAGUUCCUGGUGGGCACAGUAGGCUCUGACCCCCUCAUUAAAAGUGAUGAAGAAUGCAGAGAUUUGGUAGAUGAGGCUAAAAACUACCUCCUGUUGCCUCAAGAACGACCAUUAAUGCAGGGACCAAGGACACGGCCACGGAAACCUAUCCGAUGUGGAGAAGUACUUUUUGCAGUUGGUGGUUGGUGUAGUGGAGAUGCCAUUUCCAGUGUUGAACGAUAUGAUCCACAGACCAAUGAAUGGCGGAUGGUAGCUUCCAUGAGCAAAAGACGAUGUGGAGUCGGGGUCAGUGUUCUCGAUGACCUGCUAUAUGCAGUAGGAGGCCAUGAUGGGUCCUCUUAUCUCAACAGUGUUGAAAGAUACGACCCCAAAACAAACCAGUGGAGCAGUGAUGUGGCCCCCACGAGCACCUGCAGGACGAGUGUCGGUGUGGCCGUGCUUGGUGGCUUUCUCUAUGCUGUGGGGGGCCAAGAUGGUGUGUCUUGUCUCAAUAUUGUUGAGAGGUAUGAUCCCAAGGAGAACAAGUGGACGCGGGUGGCCUCUAUGAGCACCAGGAGACUGGGCGUGGCAGUGGCUGUGCUGGGAGGGUUCUUGUAUGCUGUCGGUGGCUCUGAUGGGACUUCUCCACUCAACACAGUGGAACGCUACAAUCCUCAAGAAAACAGGUGGCACACCAUCGCCCCCAUGGGGACCCGGCGGAAACACCUGGGCUGUGCGGUGUAUCAGGACAUGAUCUACGCGGUGGGAGGCAGAGAUGACACCACAGAGCUCAGCAGCGCGGAGCGGUACAACCCCAGGACCAACCAGUGGUCGCCAGUGGUGGCCAUGACGUCCCGGCGCAGUGGAGUUGGUCUGGCAGUGGUCAAUGGACAGCUCAUGGCAGUCGGAGGUUUCGACGGCACAACGUACUUGAAGACCAUCGAAGUUUUUGAUCCCGAUGCCAAUACAUGGAGGUUAUAUGGUGGGAUGAAUUACCGUCGGCUGGGAGGUGGCGUAGGCGUUAUUAAAAUGACACAUUGCGAAUCCCAUAUAUGGUGAACAUGUAGAAGACAGUCUUGUAUGUGCUCCUCUGUGUUGUGGAGAGCUUUGACUUUGAAGCGUUGUACAGUUUGAGAAAACAUUAGAACAAAUUUUAUCUUUUUGCUGGUGCCUCAACAUAUAGAAAUACAAGUCUAAUGACACUAUUUCACCUGCAAGAUGCCACCUUUGCACAGUAAUUUUCAACUUUGUGCAGAAGACUAUUUAUUUUUUAUUUUAAUUUAUCAUAGUGUUUGGUUUGGGGUUUUUUGGCUUGGGCUUUGUUUUGGUUUUUACUUAUCCUUUCUCCCACGAAAAAGGGAGAGAGAGAAAAUCCAAGCACCGCUGGGCAUUGCAGCGCCCUCCUCUAAUGCCAAUACUCAAGAAAAGGCUGAGGCAGACGUGUUGGAAGUUCAAAGUCAGCCCCAGCUACAUAGGGGAUUUGAAAACAGCUUAGAUAUGUAGCAAGACGCUGUCUCAACAACAUUUAAAAAAAAACCACACAAAACUUACUUUGUAAGCUAUUGAUUUAGUUUUGAAAAUCCUGGUAAGGGCAGAAGGGCUAGUUCUACUAGACACUCCCUCCCUAUGACCUACUGCUACUGCUGCAAGGCUUAGUGAUCGGAACAAGUAUGAGCAAUGUAUCAGCCACUCAGCAUCCUCACUCUACACCGGAAGACUUGGAAACCUAUAAGAAACAAACUUAUCCUACGAAAUAGCAAAUGCAAAAGAAAUAUCAAACCAGUAAAAGCAAGAUUCUCAUGCUACGGUUUUCUUCAGCAAAGUUAUAACUUAUCUGCUUCUAAAUGAACUUGUCUUCACUCUAUUUAAGAUUCUUUUUUUUAAUACGGGGUUUCUGCUAGUUCUAGAGCUCUGCUCAGUGCCUCUUGCAAAACAUCACAUGAGUCUCCCUUUGCUGUCUUGAGAACCACACCAAUAUAAUCACUCGCAGCUCUGCGAGUUUUUGCUCACCCAUGUUGUCGAGUGAAGCAACUGACAUCACUACCACCGAGCAGCAGAGAGAACGUCCUUUGCCCGGGAAUCAGCCCUGUGCGGCAGUUUACACUGCAGCUCAGGCCUGGCACUGCUGAGGCUGGCUUGCAGUAACAGCCUCCAAAGAAUGGAAAUAGCACUUGUUGAUGAGUGUAAGACCAGUAGAGGCAUUUUAUCAGUGUCUGGGUUCUUUUAUGCAAACUAUGUAUCAUCAUCUUCAUUCUGUAAGGUCACUGUUAAUUCUCUCAAAUUGCACUUCCUGAUGAAGAGUUAAGAACUGUAAGGAAAUAAAUGGUAAUGAUUCAGUGGUUAAUUUUUUUUUCUUCAUUCUAUUCAUAGACCGGUUCUUUUCAGUGCAUUUUGCAGGAAAACCUUAAAGACUUUAACUGCAACCAAAAGGAAUAACCUUCACCUUCUCCCUCUCCCUUACAACAAAAAUGUUUGGCAACAUUUGUGUUUACAUUUAAAGAUCAUUUGCACCUUUUUCAAGAAAAAAAGUAUUUGGUAAAUAAUUGUUUACAUGUAUCAUUUAUGCUUUUUCUAGCAUGUAUAACUUUUUUAAAUAAAGGUAGUACUUACCAUAAAA